CUGUCCUUACCUGAUCACCAAAAGGCUGGAGGUUUGAGUUCAACCAGCAGAGCCUAGGAAGAAAGAUCUGACAACCUACUUCCAAAAAAAUCUACCACUGAAAAUCCUAUGGAGCACAGUUCUACUCGGACACACGUGGGGUGGCCACGAGUGGGAUCGACUAGAUGGCAACCAGAUUUGGUUUAGAGAGUAGGUGGGAGAGUGACAGAGACAUCCUGCUGCUUAAAGAGGAAGUUGAGGAUUUCGCCAGAAGAUAGAGGAGCGACCAGCCGGAGAGGGACAGCUCGUGGGUGAAAACACUUCCUGUGAGCUGAGAUGAUAACGCUGUCUGGGCCACAUGUGGAGAAGGAAGAGGCACUUGAUAAAAUUAUGUUUCUGCAAGUGCUGACCCAGGGCAGGAUGCUUUCAGAAAGGAGAAGACAUUUUCAGUAAGACAAUUUCCAUUGCUCAGCCCCCACCAGUCAGCUGGACAGCGCCCUGGAGCAACACCAGUCCCUGGAGGUAAAGCGCCGCAGAAGUAGCCCCCAAGUCCCCGGUUUGGGCUGCAGCAUGGUGACCCCCCUGGACCUCGUGUGGUUCUGGGUGUUUCUAACCCGAGCGUGCUGCCAACCAGAGCGCUACCAGGAACAUCUCUUGUCGGCUAUACCUGUAACAUCACCUGGGGGCCCGGCUCUCACUCAACGUCCGUUUUUGAACAUCUCGGCAGAGAAAACCGUCUCUCCUAUCAUAAACGUGGACCUAGAUCCAAGGAAGAAAAUGUUGAGGUGGAACUGCAGGGGAAAUGUGACUGAGGAGAGGUGCGAAAUAAAAACCCCUCUGGAAAGUUUCCUCAUCCCGAGUGCGCAGGUCCAGGAAGAUGGCACUCACUAUUGCAUGUUUCCAAACGCGGUGUUGCAUCAAGGCGCCCUCCUGAGCGUGGCUGUCACUUCUGACGGGGACACAUUUCAGGAGGUCCUGACCUUCAAUAACUCAGGCAAGGACGGCUCCGGCGCCGUAAACUUCUCCUGUGUCAUCUACAACAUCCGCUUCAUGAACUGCAGCUGGGCGCCCGGCCCCGCAGCGCCCGCCGACGUCCAGUACCGCCUGGAAGUCUGGACCUCUUUGUUGGAGGACGGGGCCGAAUGUCCCCAGUACAUCAGGGACUUGGCCGGCACACACGUGGGCUGUCAUUUCAACAUACUCCCUGAGCCCAAGCACCCACAGUACAUCUUCUUACUGAACGGAACCAGCAAGGAGACGGCAAUCCCGUUCUUGGAUUUCGAUCCCUUUGAAGCCUUUAAGAUGGAAAAGUAUAACCCACCAUCAAACAUCACGAGUCACUACAACGGAUCGAAUUAUAUUAUUCAGUGGGAAAACCCGCAGAGGAGAUUUGAGUUUGCAAGUCAUAUCUUAGAUUAUCAACUCGACAUCCAAAAAAAGGGCAGCUCCCGGGACCCCGUAAGUAUUUUCUCCUUUCUCCGCGACACCCCUUUACCACCAUGUAGGCUUGCUCAGCAGCGAGGUCCUAACUGUGAGCUGUCAUCGGGCGCCUUGCUGAGAACACGUCUACCUGGCACCGUCCCCGACCCAACGCACCUUAUUGUCCGAGAAGGACAGGACAGAAACGUGUACCUGCUGCCAAGCUCUGAGGCCUACGGAGAGCGCAGCCUGCGGAUCAGGGUGCGUCACAGGCGAAGUGACAUUUGGAGUGAUUGGAGCGAGACUCUGCAUUUCAGCCUCCAGAAGCAAAGCUGUGGCAAUGUGGCCGUGAUCCUGCCGGUGGUAGGGGUGGCCGCCGCCACACUCACCGUGCUACUGAUGGUAAUCUUCAGAAGGUCCUCCCUGAGGCAAAAGCUAUUCCUGCCCAUCCCACAGGUGAAGAGCUUCCUCACUCCAAACGCUGAGAUCACCUGGGAAGGGGACCACCUGCCUCCAGACACCGAGGAGCCCGAAUUCCUCAUCGUGGAAGAGAUGGAAUAAUUUGCAAACGAACAAGUAGAAUGUGUGGGGCCAGCACCACGCCACUGCCCAAAAUCUCAUUCUACGUGCUGUCUACUUGGUCGACUUUCAAAGCUGGGCUGUUUGUGACGUUUUCUGACUCGUCUGGCAACACCACCAUCAAAACCUCCCCAACUGUGCGUUCGUCUGCAUGGUCAACCCAUUGCCGUCCAGUCGAUUCCGACUCAUGAUGACCCCAUGUGUUAGGGAGUAGAGCUUAGCUUCAUAGGGUUUUCUUGGCUGUAAUCUUUAUCAAAGGAACCCUGGUGAUGCAGCGGCUAAGUGCUGAGCUGCUAACAAAAAGGUCAGCGGUUCAAACCCCCCAGCAGCUCUGCAGGAGAAAGACCAGGCGAUCUGCUCCUGUAAAGAUUACGGCCUAAGAAAUCCUACGCGGCAGUUCUGCUCCAUCACAUGGGAUCACUAGGAGUCAGAAUCGACUCGCUAUCACCCAACAAGAACAAUUUUUAUCAAAACAGAUUGCCAGGCCUUUCUUUCAUGGUGCUGCUGGUUGGGUUCAAACUGCCAUCCAUUAGUAGCUGACUGCAAACCUUGCAGAUGCCACAAAACUAAACCAGUACUGUCUUUCAAGUGCAAAGUCCCCUGUGUUCCCCCACUCAGAGAAACACAGUCUUUAACUCCCAAGGCCGCAGUGUACAGCAGGCAAGCGGAUCCUGGAAUGAGCCCCAUCCACUGUACCUGGGUGGACAUGGCUAGUCUCUUGGACCAAGAAACUCACCCAGUGAGAUGGACCAAAGCAUUCACAACAGACCACACUGACCCGGCAUCUCACUCCUAUACUCAGAAAAUAAUCACAAAUGGGGGUGAGUUUACCUCCUGGGGCCACCCAUAGCACAGUACCACAAACCAAAAACCCCCUCCAAAAAAAGACAAACACUCCCAUGGAGUCGAUUUUGACUCAUAGCGACCCUAUAGUGGAUUUUGACUCCUAGCGACCCUACAGGACAGAGUAGAAUUGCCCCAAAGGGUUCCCAAGGAAUGGCUGGUGGAUUCAAACCGCUGACCUUUUUGGUUAGCGUCCAAGCUCCUAACCACUGUGCCGCCAGGACUCCAUACCAGAAACCGGGGGCGUAAAAUAGCAGAAAUACAUUCUUGCACAGCUCUAGGGGUCAGAAGUCUGACUGGAGGCUCCAGGGGAGGAUACUUCCUCAUCUCUCCCAGCUUCUGGUGGCCCCAGGCGCUCCUGGGUCUGUGGCCGCAUCACUCCAAUCUCUGCCGCCACCUUCACGUGGCCGUCUCCCCUCUGUCUCCCUGUCUCUGUGUCUCCUUUAGAAGGAGUCACUCAUAUCGGGUCACUGUGUGUAAGAAUCGACUCUACUGGUUCCGGUUUUCAUGUAAGGUUAGGACUCGCUCUACCCUGUGUGACCCCCUGUUACCUUAGCUAGUUACAUCUGCAAAAACUAUUACCAAAGAAGGUCGUCUUCACAGGUACAGGGGUUAGGACUUCAACACAUCUUUUUGAGGGACACAUCUCAACCCAUAACAGGGGACGAGGGUGUUACUAGAAUGAUUUGCGCUGCUUUACCUAAAACGGCACAGAUUGGUAAAGAACCUAGAUCUCAGGCUAGCAGGAAAUGAUCAAAAAAAAAAAAAAAGUUGCCGCUGAGUUAACCCCGACUCAUUGGCGCCCCUAUGCAUGUCAGAGCAGAGCUGUGCUCCACCAUGUUCUCAGUGGCUGGUUUUUCGGAAGUAGGUCACCAGGCCUUUCUUUCGACGCACCUCAGGGUGAUCUUGAACCUCCAGCCUUUCAGCCUAGCAGCCGAGCGUGUUAACCGUGUGUGCCACCCAGGGACUCCAAGUAGAUGACAGUCCAUCCCAACAGUGUACUACUAUGCAGGUACCAAGUAUCAACAUAAUUGAAUAUUCAAUCAAUUAGUUCUAGAGCAGCCCGGAUGUGGAUCCCUCUUGCUGAACACGUGUGCAUUAGAAGUUCUUGAAGGGUGCACCCCAAACCAUGAACAAGGCAAUCGCCAGUGGGUGGGUACAGAAGAAACGAACAGUGUUUCCUAACGAGUACGUUUCGGCAUUAUUGAAGUCUAUUACUUUAUUCCUUUUGUAACUACCGUUUAUUUUUUAAGUUGUUAUUAUAUCCAACAAAAACAUUCGACUCUUGAACACUGUCCCCAAGUACAAUUCGGUGGCGCCGUGGUCCUCAUGAGUUCAACCAUCACCGUUACCCAUUCCCAAAGUUUCCCGUCACCCUUAACAGAAGGUCAGUGUCCCCUGAGCAACGACAUCUUUUUCCCUGGCCCGCCCCCCGCCUGUCCAUAGAAACCACUAAUAAACUUUGUUCUCCUACGUAAACUUGCCUCUUCUAGAUAUUUCUUUAUAAUGACUUUUGCACGUGCCCUGGUGGCACAACGGUGAAGCACUCGGCUGCUAACCGUAAGGUCAGCGUUUCGCAACCACCAGAGGCUCUGCAGGAGAGAAGACCUGGCGACCUGCUCCCGUAAAGGUUACAGCGUAGAGAACCCCAUGGGGCAGUUCUACUCUGUCACAUGGGGGCGCUGUGAGUCAGACUCGCCUCCGCGGCACCCGGCAACAACAACAACGAUGUAGCAUGUGAAACUGAAGUAGCGCGUGUCAGGACUUCACUUCUCUUUAUGGCUGCGUAGUAUUCCAUCGUGGGGAUGGACCACGUUGUGUUUAUCCACUCACCUGCUGAUGGACAUUUCCAUUAUCUCCAUUUCUCUCCCUCUUUAAGGUAGAGCUUCUGAGGUGGGGCCAAGACGGCGGAAUGGACAGCCGCUUCAGGUGAGCCCUCUUUACAACAAAGACCCGAAAAACAAGUGAAAUGAGUAUAUUUGUGACCAGCUGGGAGCCCUGAGCGCCAAAGGCAAGCUCAGACAAUGAACUGAGGGGCAGGGGGAGGAAGAGGCCGUUCAGAAGCGGAGAGGAGUUGCCGGACCUGAAUCGCAGGGAGCCCUCAGGCCCCAUUCCUGGAGUGGCAGCAGCAGGCUGGUCCUAGCGCUGGGCUGCAGAUUCCUCAGGGAGAAGCAGCAGCCCCACAGCCUGCUCACACCUCCGGAACCUGAGGAGAAGGGCGCUCUCGGCAAAAGCUAAGUAACUGCAUAUAUUUUACCACGCCCCCCCCACCCC